GUUAACACUUCGGUCUGACACAUUAACGGAAUAAAUAUGAAUCGAAUAAUGGAUAGUCGAAAUUUGAAUGAGUCCAAAAAUUCUUCUAAUUAUAGUCAAGAUGAUUCAGUGUAUUAUAGAUUUUUUCUACUUUUUCAACACUUUUUUUUCAAAAUAUUCGGAUUGGCGCCAUGGGCAAUAGACUUUUCUGAAAUAUUCAACAGAAACCGCAAAGUUGGAAAUCAAAAUUUCCAAUGGAAGUUUUCAUACAUCGGGUCAUUUUAUAAUAUUUUGUUAUUUUUGGUUCUUUCUUCAUUAAGCCUUUAUAACCUACUCGGCAAACUAUUAGAAUCGAGUAUUUAUAGCUCAUUAUUAGUAUCAACUGUAGUAGAAUUUUUAUAUUUUACAUUACUCUGUGUGAGUUUUAUUUCACUCAUUUACACAUUUCGGCAAAAAAGACUAAUUAGUGUUAAUAACCGAUUCAAAAACAUCGACGGAGUAUUAAACAAGUGCGCAUGUUAUGAAAAGAUUAAGGAUAACACCAAUCACGUUAUAUUUGUCAUAAACUUCUUAUUAACUAUUGGCGGUACAAUAAUAAUGGAUCUGUACUACUUCCCAUUAAUAAGCGUAUUUUUUGAAAAUUUACCAACCGUAAUUAGUGGUAUUUUAAUAAUACAAUAUGCAAUGCUGCUCUAUAGGGUCAACAAGAGAUUCAAAAGUAUAAAUUCAACUAUUUCUAAAUCAUUUACAAUAAAAUGUAAUGAAGAUCAAACGCAAAUAUCAUCCGUGACACAACAAUUACUUUUACGUGAAUCAGUUUUUAAUGACAUCGACAAUCUAAAAUUGGCUUUUAUGGAGUUGAGAGAAAUGUGUCAUGAUAUUGCUAAUUUUUAUGGAAUACCCAUUUUAAUUGUCAUUUUGAGUUUUGGUAUACGAGCUAUAUCCACUUUAUACUUUGUAGUAAUGUCUAUAUUCAAAGUAUCUGUUAUACGUCAUAAGUGGCAUGUGGAUGCGAUCCGUCUAUUGUGGAUUUCGUUUUUAUUCACAACGUUCACUUCUAGUGUCACUAAAAUAAUAAAGCAGAAUAUGAUACUCGGAAAAACGAUUAAUUAUCUGACGGAUCAGAAUUCAAUGGAUGAAAAAAUAAAAACUAAAUUAUCAAAAUUUUCCAGUGAUCUCUGGCAUUUAAAAAUUGAAUUAACUGCUUGCGAAAUUAUACCCCUAGAUCGUACUCUUCUAGCGACUAUUAUCGGUACAUUGGCAACUUAUCUCAUUAUUGGCGUACAGUUUGGUCUCAAUGCAAAGUCCGAUUAAUUAAAUUAAAAUUUAUAAGAGUGUUGUUUGUCUAAUUGAUAUAAUCUGAAAUUUGUUCAAUAGUCAAUACAUGCAAUUAAUAAAAAAAUUUAUAUCUUUAAAUAAAAUUAUUUAUUUGUAAAUUUUCAAGAAAUCAAUCGCUCGAUACAAGAAGUACUUUUAUAAUACUAUUGUUAUACUGAUCAAAGAUAAAAAAAAAACAUGAACAAUAGAUAAAUUAGUAACUUUGUAUAGAGUUUUUAUUCUGUUUUAAACUAACUAUCGAUAACCGUGCAAAUGGAAAAAAAUAAAACAAUCACGCAAUAAACCUGAAAGAAAAAGCUAUUCGAUUAGAAAACAUUUUCGCGGCAUCAGUCAUAAUUGUAACUCUGUAAAGUGAAGACAAUUUCACUUAUUUUUAAAAUAAAAUAAAAUACAAAUUUAAAAAUGAAACAAAUAAACUUUAAUAAGUUGAAGGAAAAAUUAAACUUAAAAAGACAUAAUUUAGUGUGUUAUCGAUAUUUGACAUUCAUGUUACACAUUUGGUUCAAAAUAUUUGGAUUAUCGCUGUGGAAAAUGGAGACAGUAUUAUUUAGUAAAAAUCUACAAGUUGAAAAUAAAAGUUUAGGAUUCAAAUUUUCAUACCCGGGAACAUGUUACAAUGUUUUAUUAUUUUUAAUUAUUGUUCCAAUAAAUAUUUAUAUUGUACGUAAUCUAGUAUCGGA